ACUCAUAAGGAGGUGGAAAGACAAGAUCUUUCUCCACGUCUCCUUUAAAUAUUAGAGGAGUGGUGGGUUGCUUCUUUGGUUCCCUGGGUGAGCGUCCAGAUAAAAUGGCUAAAACAUUACCUGGCUCUGCUUGCUAAGAAUGAAUCACACCCAAGGUAGGGGGUUUCGGGCAAUUUCAAGCCAGGAGUCGAUGUAUGGAAAUUGAUCAGGGUGGCCUGGGUUCCCAGUGACUAUUAGCCAAACCCACUGCACUGUUUGAGCAUUUAAUGUCCCUUCUAGGGGCCAUCCUACAUUGAAUAUAAGCCAUUCUGGUUCCCAAAAGGUCCUUAACUUCCCAGGUGUCAUUUUCACCCCAUAAUCACCUGAAAAAUCCCUUUGUAAAAUUUUUGGGCAUGGCCUCUAAAAUCGUAAGCUUACUCUGUUUUGAUCCCAUUAUUAAUUUCUUUCUCAUGUUCAGUGUCACAAGAGCAGACAAAAGGAGAGUAUUUCCUCAGAUGAGAGGACCAAUCAGAUACUCCUCUGGUCAUGUUCCCGAGGGAAACUUUAGGUGAGAUUUGGCUGGAGCGGACUCAGCUUUGUGACUUGGUAUCAGAAUCUGAUCCAAUACUGCCCUAGACCUUAUGCUCCCAAAGGACAAGGAGAGCCCACUCAGACUCCGUAGACUUUUGGGGACCUUAAGGGUGCCUGUCCGUGGAGCCACAAACUUGAAAUCGGCAAGGCUGGCUGAGCCACACAUUCUCUCUCACACACACACACAUACCAAAGUCUAUUACAUUCCCUGCCGCAAAAUUUUCUACCUGUGAGACCAUUAAGGCCUUUGGGGAAGGUGGCUUUAGGUGGCUACCUUAUUAGGUGGCCUAGAUUUGAAAUCGUUGUACUGCCAUGUGCACCUUUUAAGGAAAUUGCCUACUCACCAAAAAAGCAGGCAGAAAGCACCUAACUUUUAACCUGUAACAGUCCAACUUUUUUUUUUUAAGUUCUCCCUAAAUCUAGAAACCAUGUUCAGAUUUGUAUUUAGGAACAUUUUAUUUUCUUUGGGGGAAUCCGUUGUCCCAUUUCUAAGUAUUAAUGUCCUUUAUUAGUCAUUGCUCAGUAGUAAAUUUGCCAUGUGAUUACACAGUGGACAUUGAAUAUAUAAUUUUUCUGUACAACUGAAAACCAGUACUUUAGGUACAGAAACUUUUUUUUUGCCUUAUUUUUUAUGGAAAUGCUUCUAAAACAUGCAACAUAAAUUCUCUGCACAAACAAAAAAUUCUCUGUAUAACAUACUUUUUGUUCCAUGUUUGAAAAUCAUUAAGGGAAGACAGGAAGAUGGUGGCAUAGGAGGACGCUGGGCUCACCGUGUCCUGCUGAUCGCUUAGAUUCCACCCACAUCUGCCUAAUUUGCCCCGCUAACCACCAGAAGACUAGCAGAACGGACUCUCCGGAGCCAAGCUUAGACGAGAGGCCCACGGAAGAGGGUGAUUAAUGGAUGGCUGGCAGUUGAUGUAUACACAUAUAUUCAGAAAUGUUUUGCCACCUGAGACCGGUGAGAAGGUUGUGUCUGGAGAAGAUAUUUCCACACUGGUUUCUCUACUCAAGAGCUUUAUCUGGAGCUGAAGCAGUCAAUGCCUUGAGGCCAUUCUAUUUUGCAGUACAUCCAGAUUUCUUUGGACAACACCCCAGAGAGAGGGAAGUCAAUGAAAAUUCUCUUAAGAGAUUAAGUGUCUACUUAGAAAACCUCCAGAAACCAGGCUCCAAGUCUUUGAAACCAACUCAGCUUACAUUUUAUGUAAGAGAAACAGAGCAGAAUUCUUCUGAAGGCCAGGAACCCUUUAGCACAUCCGGAUUUCGAGCAGUCAAAUUUACUUUGCACACCAGAGAUCUGCUAAGCACAGUAUUAUAUAUUCUCAACUCCUGCAGUUUAUCUGUUGAACAUAUCCAAAGCUUGAAUACUAAUGUGUGUUCCCAGCCUCUCAAAGAGGCUAAAAGGAUGCCUGACAGGCCCAUCAAGUGGGACAAGUCUUAUUACUACUUUACUGGAUUCAAGGACCCUCAUGAAGACCUUGAACAAGUCUCAAGAAUGGAAACAACCCUCACAUCCUGGUUAGAUAACAAUGGGAAAAGUGCAGUUAGAAAGUUGAAGAACAGUUUGCCACUUAGAAAAGAACUAGAUCGUCUAAAAGAUGACCUGUCUAAUCAGUUGCAGCUCUCGGACAUCAGGUGGCAGAGGGGCUGGGGCAUCGCCCAUCGCUGUAGCCAGCUUCACAGUUUAGGCCGCCUAGCACAGCAGAACUUGGAAACACUUAAAAAUGCAAAAGGAUGUACAAUAAUAUUUACAGACCGCUCCGGGAUGAGUGCAGUGGGCCAUGUGAUGCUAGGAACAAUGGAUGUCCAUCAUCACUGGACAAAACUUUUUGAAAGAUUACCAAGUUAUUUUGACCUUCGGAGGAGGCUGAUGCUUUUAGAAGACCAAAUAAGCUAUCUUCUAGGUGGCAUACAAGUGGUUUAUAUCGAAGAGUUGCAGCCAGUAUUGACACUUGAAGAGUAUUACUCUCUUCUUGAUGUGUUCUAUAAUCGGCUGUUGAAAAAUAGAAUACCCUUUCACCCUCGAAGUCUACGUGGUUUAAAAAUGAUCCUUAACAGUGACAGAUAUGCUCCAAGCUUGCAUGAACUCGGGCACUUUAACAUCCCAAGCCUCUGUGAUCCAACAAAGCUCCAGUGGUUUAUUCUAACCAAAGCCCAACAGGCAAGAGACAACAUGAAGAGGAAAGAAGAGUUAAAGGUUAUUGAAAAUGAAUUGAUAGAGGCUUCAACGAAGAAAUUUUCUCUGGGAAAGUUUUAUAAGGAGCCCAGCGUUUCUAGUAUACAAAUGGUGGAUUGUUGUAAGAGACUUCUAGAACAGUCGCUGCCUUACCUACGAGGGAUGCAUCUCUGCAUUUCACAUUUUUAUUCUGUCAUGCAAGAUGGAGACGUUUGUAUUCCUUGGAACUGGAAGGAUGGAGAAGCCGUUAAGUAACACAGAAAUCGGUAUUAUUUUUUGAAGAGACAAGAAACCAUUAAACUUAUUUAAAUCCACAAUUUAAUAUAACAGUAUUAUUUACAUAUUACAAGGACAAAAUUUCUAACUGCUGCUCUAAAAGUAGACCUUUUUUAAAAAUUAAUUUCUGCUACAAAACUUGCUUUAAAAGGUUUUAUCUCCCAGUCUUAUGGCAUUUGUUAGCUGAUUGGCAAGAUUGGGUAAAAAGAUGUCAGCAUCAAGGAACAUAUUUUGCGGUAUAUAAAUGAGGGGUUCUACGAAGUUGAGGAUAUAUAUUUUUAUAUGAGUGAGCGUGCGUAAGUGUAAUCAGGUCUCAUUCAGCGUAGCUCCGGAGCGAUGGAACUCAUUCAACAUGCAACUUUGUAGUUACAUCUCAUGGGUCAAUACAAAUGCGUAUUUUGCAGCCAGUACGGGACAGUUGCUGUCCAAAACAGAAGACCGAUGGAUGGCAAAAAUUAGAUAACCGAAUUUUUCCUGAAAGAAAGAGUAGAAGGAAAAAAAGCAACUGGAUGUAUGUAUGGUAUUGACAUGGGCAUAAGCAGUCUGAUACCAGUUCGUUAGAAACAUCUUAGUGACAGAAAACUUGGGUUUAAACCCGUGGGUUUUCCUACCCAUUAAUCUAUCACAACUGUUGGUAGCAUGACACAACAGACAGUAAAUGUCUUUGAAUCAGUGAGGGGACUCUGGUUUCUCAUGGACAAACUAUCUGGAAAAACCCUUGCUGGUGUCCCGCAGAGUUCCAGCAAGUAGAAUCAAGUGUAAAAUGGUUCAGGCCAUCCAGGAUUUGUCACCUCCUCAACCCCGGGCUUCCUGUUCCUACCAGUGUUUCGCAUCCGGCAUGAAGUCCCUCUGAGCCGCCCGUGUGCGAGGUUGUGUGGCCUCCCUGAGGUCGCAGCAUGGCCCAGACCUAAGGGCCAUGGCGGGCCCACUCUGGAGACGCGGGGCUUCUCUCUCUGCAGUCCUUUCCCUUCGGAUAAUGUAUUUCGCCAGAUCCAAAACCUCUCCAGCUUGUUUCUCAGGAGGAUAAAGUGAAUCUAAUUUGGGACACCAUUUUCAUGGCUCCUACUGCUGGCUGAAGAAAUAAGAAAGGAAGUUUUUUUCACAGUGCAUCAGAAAGGGAAGGAGCUGUUAACCAUUCUUGAAGUAUGUUUCAAAUUCAUCUAAAACACCGAUUGUUUAAACUGUUUAAAUUCAAAUGUGUGUUCAAAAGAAAUACUGAUGUGUAAUUUUUAUAGUUUGUGCAUAUCAUCCCUGUGAACCUUCAGUAACAAGUAUACUGAAUUUGUUUUUCUAAUGUAAAAAUGUUGCCUAUAAGGAUUUUCCAGAGCCAAAUGAUGGGGGUGAACAAUUCCUUCCUUAAAGGUUAUGUAAGAAAAUUUAUUGAAAAGUAGCUUUGGAUCAUGCCAUUUCUAAAAUCAACUAAUAUAGAAUCCUCAGUAAUAUGUUUUGAAUUGGACUUUGUCUCAGAACUGAUUGUUAACAAUAAUAUAAUAAAUAAUACAUUAAUCAGA